GUGCGCCCCUUUGAGCGGAUUUGUCUGCGUCCAUAUGACCGGGCUUUCAUGCACAGCUGCACAGUGGGAUCCAUACACAUGAUUCAGUCCCUCAGUGGAACAAGAAAGACAAAGAAAAGAAAAGAAAAGUGCAGAAAAGAGAAGAAGACAGAGAGCAAAUGAGAGACUUUUAUGAGUGGCAGCAGAAAAGGGGAGCGAAGACACAGAGGAGGCGCUAUUAAAUGUUCCUUCGCGGAUUCUAAACACUUGAAGACAUUCUAAAUAUGCACCUAUUGGGAAUAUCUAUUUUACUUGCCUACUUUCUCUACACAAACUUCGCCAGCGACCUCAGCCAGAGCGACUAUUAUGAUUACUACGAGCAGGAGCAGAUGGACGAGCCGGACACUCCCCCAAAGCCAGACAUGGAACAGAGGUUGCGUUCAGCCUCCAGUGUCGAUGAACUAAUGAGUCUCAUCUAUCCCUCAUAUUGGGCUGCCCUAAAAUGCAAAUCAAAACUUACUGCUGCUGCUUCUUCUGCUGCUUCUUCAAAAUUUAUACACCAGCCACUGCCGCAUCCCCGCCGACUGAGGCCAUUGACAUCUACAGAAGAGACCACUUUUGCUGCCGCCUACCUCAACCUGGACAUCCUGAAAAGCAUCGAGUCGGAGUGGAGGAAGACUCAGUGCAUGCCUCGGGAAGUGUGUGUCGAUGUAGGAAGGGAGUUUGGGGCUCCGACUAACAUCUUCUACAAGCCACCCUGUGUGUCCGUGUACAGAUGUGGAGGAUGCUGCCACUCCGAGGACAAACAGUGCAGGAAUAUCUCAACAGGAUAUCUCAGCAAAACUUUGUUUGAGAUCACAGUGCCAAUCACCCAGGGCACCAAGCCAGUUACUAUCAGUGUGGCCAACCACACCCAAUGCAGCUGUCUGUCCAAGCUGGACGUCUACAAACAAGUCCACAGCAUCAUCAGGAGGGCAGCACCUGAGUGUCCAGUAUCCAACAGGACUUGUCCUCCUGGUCAGGUGUGGAGCAGUAGGUCAUGUCAAUGCAUCACUAUGAUAACCAGUGUGCACCACAGCGCCCCACCACCACCACUGCCCCCUCCACGGCCCUCAGUGCAGCAUAUUGACUUGUUUCUAGCAGAUCUGUGUGGCCCGGAUAAAGAACUGGAUGUGGAAACAUGCCAGUGUGUGUGUCGGCGAGGUGACCAAACUCACGACUGCGGACCGAAUCGACACCUUGACCGAAACACCUGCCAGUGCAUCUGCAAAGUCUCGACGGCUUCAUCCUGUCCGCCGAACCACGUCUUCAAUAAGGACACCUGUCGGUGCACGUGUAGCAGGACGUGUCCAAGGCACCAGCCCCUCAAUAAAACAAAGUGCUCCUGCGAAUGUAAUGAGUCUCCUAAUAAGUGUUUCCUAAAAGGCCGCAGAUUUCACCAAGCAACCUGCAGCUGUCACAGGCCUCCCUGUGAGGUCCGAAGGAGAAAGUGUGAUCCAGGUUUCUCCUUCAGCGAGGAAGUGUGUCGCUGCAUCCCGUCCCACUGGAGACGACUGGACUAACCGAUCCAACAACAACGUGCUGCUGCUGAUGGGAUAACGAACUAAACUAGGAUUGAUCACCCGCCCCCGGUAGAACUGCUGGUCAUGAGAAUCCCCACGAGCUGUGCUGGCAGCGAAGAGUUUGGGAAAAUGCAGAUAUGGGUAUCUGGGAUUUAAGACAUGCACUCAGUCGUCUCAGCUAGAACGACGUUCGAAUGGAGUAACUGAACAGGGUCGACGACGGGAAGAAACGACUGAGAAAGUCAGUCAACAUUUUUAAAAUACUGUUGAAGUAAGUUUUUUAAAAUAUUUGGGGAUUUUAUCUUAUUAAUUAUGUCUCAUUAUUCUUAUGUCAGAUAUGGAUUAUAUAAUUUAUUAAAUGUUUUUCAACCUGUCUAUUGCAAAUUCAAUCUUUUCCAAGACAAAACACUGUGAACCAUAUUUUUGUAUCAUUGUAAAGUAUAUGUUGUAAAAUAAAGUAUACUGUUUAUUGUA